AAAAGCGUUCUACGGGAAGUGGGAGGGAAAAUCCAAUAUUCACGGGUAUUAGGGAUUUUUCUUCAAUUAAUUUCGAAGCUACAGUGCCUCAAGAAAAACAAUAGGAUAUUGCUAGCAAAUAAAACACAACCAUUGCCAUGUCUGAGACAUACGAUUUCCUGUUCAAAUUCCUAGUGAUUGGGAAUGCAGGAGCUGGAAAAUCAUGUCUUCUUCACCAGUUUAUUGAGAAGAGAUUCAAAGACGAUUCYAAUCACACCAUCGGAGUGGAGUUUGGCUCAAAGAUAAUCAACGUGGUAAACAAAUAUGUCAAACUCCAAAUCUGGGACACUGCGGGACAAGAGAGAUUCAGGUCUGUUACACGGAGUUACUACAGAGGCGCUGCUGGAGCCCUGCUUGUAUAUGACAUCACCAGCCGGGAAACCUACAACGCCCUGACCAACUGGCUGACAGACGCCAGGAUGCUGGCCAGCCAAAAUAUUGUCAUCAUCCUGUGUGGUAACAAGAAGGACUUGGACGCAGACCGGGAGGUCACCUUCCUGGAGGCUUCUCGCUUUGCUCAGGAAAAUGAGCUUAUGUUUCUGGAGACAAGUGCUCUGACAGGGGAGAAUGUAGAGGAGGCCUUUGUGCAGUGUGCCAGGAAAAUCCUCAACAAGAUAGAGUCAGGAGAGUUGGACCCGGAGAGGAUGGGAUCAGGAAUCCAGUACGGAGACGCCGCGCUGCGCCAGCUGCGCUCCCCUCGUAGGGGACAGGCCGAGAGCGCCCAGGAAUGUGGCUGUUAGUGAACACGCUCAGUAUGCCCAGGACCAAGGCAGGUUGGUGAAGACUUCGAGGAAAGAUGAGAUGUAGGGAACAUGAUACAGGGCUCAUAAUGGUGGAGCGACUCUUCUCUGACCUUUAUCUUCCCAACUUCUGGAUGUUCCGUCAGAGACCCACAGAGAGUCCUGGAUUCCUGGCCCUACUCUGGACUGCUGAGCUUGUUCCCAGGCCCCUCAGACAAGCCCUUUAAUCAUCUGGGCUGUAUUCAUAAAGCGUCUGAGUAGGAUUGCUGAUAUGAUUUUGUUUUUCCUUUUAGAUAAUAAUGAACAAGAUAACAGGGAACCAAAAUCCUAGAUCAGCUAUAGUUUGAGAUGCUAUAUGAUAAUGGGACCUGACAUCUUACAUUCACCCCUGUACUUCUGCACUACGCUACCCAUAGCAUAUUGCAUUAUGUACAGUGUUAUCUGUAUAAAGAACACAUCAUAUAGUCCCUCAAAGCAGUGGUUCCCAAACUGUGGGGCUCGCCCCUGUCGGAAGGGGAGUUGCAGCGAUMGGACAAGACUGUGACUACCAAUUGGAWAACACGAAAAUUGGGGUGAAAAAAUGUCCAGAUCAACRWGCCCAAGUUUUUUUUUWMCCAGGUUUUUUUAGCCCAUUGAUUUUGUUGUAAUGUUUGA